GAGAGAAUUCCUCGCGCGCAUGCCCUGAGCAUGACAUUACGUUAGGGAGCAGAAGAACUUCGUCGAUGUGCCGCGGCAUCUCGAAGGGGAUGGCAACACAAAAGCAUACUGGAAUUGUGAAUUUUGAUUGCUUCGAAGUUCGAAGCUCUGUAUCUGGUUACGAAGUUGGAAGAUCAUCAGAUCAACUCUUUCAUCUGUAUUGAAUUGGGUCAAAGUCCAGACAACCUCUUGUUUUUGGUUCAUCGGCUGCUAUCAAGACCUUACUGGCUAUUCAUUUUCAUUCCAUGAUGGCUCUUCCCGGCACUCUGCAAUUGUCCUGUGGAUUGGGACCUCGUAGGAAGUGGAACCGGAAUUACAAUAAACAAGCUUUGCUCCUGAAACAAGAUUGCAGGAGACUUCAACUCUCUCACCAUGUAAACAGGCCAAUGCCCUCCUUAUCAUGCAAAUCCCAGUCUUUCAAGUGUCAUUCUUUUCUAGUACCUGGCCAACCAAGUGAACUACCUGUUGUUAAGGUGGUCGCCGCAGCAAUGACAAGGUCCUGUAAUGUUUUACAAGGUAAUCCUGUCAUGGCAAAGUUAAUUCCAGCAGUUGGUGUAAUCACAUUUGCCAUAUGGGGUGUCAGCCCAUUACUAUUUCUAACAAGAAAACUGUUUCUUCGGAGGGAUAGCAAUUGGAAGAAAAGCAGCACAAAUUAUAUAGUAACUUCUUAUAUUCGGCCAAUAAUGUUAUGGAUUGGAGCUAUACUUAUGUGCAGAGCUUUGGAGUCAGUAGCUCUACCUACAGAAACUAGCCAGAUCGUUAAGGAAAGGAUUUUGAAUUUUGUAAGAUCAUUGUCAACUGUACUUUCAUUCGCGUAUUGUUUAUCAAGUGUGAUUCAACAAGCACAGAGAUUCUUUGUUCAGAAUGCUGAUGCCAAUGAGGCAAGAAAUAUGGGAUUCCAAUUUGCUGGCAAAGCCGUGUACUCUGCCGUAUGGAUUGCCGCCUUUUCAUUGUUCAUGGAAUUGCUGGGUUUCUCUACCCAGAGAUGGCUUACUGCUGGAGGUCUGGGGACAGUUUUGCUUACUCUUGCUGGUCGUGAGAUUUUUACAAACUUCCUUUCCAGCUUGAUGAUUCACGCUACUAGACCUUUUGUGGUGAAUGAAUGGAUCCAAACAAAGAUUGAAGGAUACGAAGUCUCUGGUACUGUAGAGCAUGUUGGUUGGUGGUCACCAACAAUCAUAAGAGGUGAAAAUCGUGAGGCUGUUCAUGUUCCAAACCACAAAUUUACAAUGAGUGUUGUGAGAAACCUUAGUCAGAAGACGCAUUGGAGGAUCAAAACCCACUUAUGCAUCAGUCAUUUGGAUGUCAGCAAGAUUAACAACAUUGUUGCUGACAUGCGGAAAGUUUUGGCCAAAAAUCCUCAAGUAGAGCAGCAGCGGCUGCACAGGAGAGUGUUUCUAGAAGAUAUAAAUCCUGAAAAUCAAGCUCUUACGAUUCUGGUGUCUUGUUUUGUCAAGACCUCACGUCAUGAAGAGUAUUUUCGUGUUAAGGAAGUUAUACUAUUAGAUCUUCUUAGAGUCAUUGGUCAUCAUGGGGCUCGACUUGCAACACCAGUUCGUACUCUGCAAAAGAGAUAUAGUGAUGAUGACUUAGAUAACAUACCUUACGCAGAUUCUUUUGUUGGUGGUGCUAGCACAGGACGUAACCGUCCAUUAUUAUUGAUUGAGCCACCUUACAAAAUCAACUCUGAUGAUAAAACCAGAAGCCAUAGAACACAAACCAAACAUUCUGCAAGGACUGAUGCCAAGGCUGGAUCAACAGUGGUUGCAGACUCUAAUGUUAGAGAAACUCCUUCAAACUCCAAGUCAGGUGCCAAAGCUGUGAUGCCUAACUCUGAUGUGAAUGAAAAAUCUGAAAAUGCCACGUCAUCUAUAGUUCAUCCCACCAUACGUGAAGAUGAUCCACCGAAAUCAGAUUCAAAUACUGAGGGAAAUAUUGGGUUGCCAGAUAUCUCUGCUUCCAAUUCUAAAGCAAAUUUAACCGACUCUGACAAUACAAUGUCGUGUUCAGCUUCAAAUAAUGGGCGUCCUUUGGAUAAACCAUCAAAACAACAAGGCGAAAGGAAACCAGCUGAACAGCCUCCUACAUCCAGGCCUGAUGUUGAAGAGAAUAUAGUCCUUGGUGUUGCAUUGGAGGGAUCAAAGAGAACCCUUCCUAUUGAGGAGGGGAUGGAGACUUCCAAGAAAGAGGCAAAGGAGAUGACUGGAUGGCAGGGUGGAAAGAAACCUUCAACGGCUGAAUACGGGAAAGAUAAAUAGAUUGUAAGUGCUCCAUGUUUUAUAGUUGAUUGUUUUGGAGCUUUUAGCUCGCUUCUGUACAAUGGUUAUUUUCAUCCAGAAACCGACCCAGAUAUGUUGUACAUAUUCUCUCAAGCCAAGGUAUCAUGAUAUAAGGAACUUUAUUUUUGUGAAGCUAUAAAUACAAAAUUUUCCAUAUAAUUAACCCCACCUAAUGAAAUAAGAUUUAUUGUUGC